UUAUCAAUAUUGAUGAAUUUUAGAAAAUUUGGCAAUCUGGCUUUCUGAAUGACGCAUCUGAUUGGUCAAUGUUUGACACGUAUCGCAGCGCUGCCAACGUUCUCCUGUAUAACCUGUUCGGAUUUUCCCAUACCUUUCUCUUUUACAUAUCCAUUACUUACAAAUUUAAUAUACAAGCACCUUGUUCCUGGAAUUUUGUUUUAAUGCCGUAUCCGAAUUCACCUUUUUCAAAAGAUUUUGACCCAUCUUUGAUAACCGGCCUGCAGAAUGCGAAAUGUGAGACAUCGAUUUCAAAUGAAGAGUACGAAAGGCUGGUCAAGUGGCUGUGUAGCGCUCCAAAAACAAGCUCUUAUAGGGUGAAUAGAAACAAAGGCGAGGUAGAAGAUGUUUUGAAGUUGAUCCAAGAGCACUGCUCUCAGAUUUUCUGUACAUGUUAGUCCGCCAUGCAAAGAAGUUUGGCACUUUUCCAUGACUGGUUUGUUUUAAGAAGAGCAUGUUACAGCAAGAUAUUAAUUUUAUACCUGGAAGAAGCUACUGAUUGCGUUUCCUACUUUAAAAAGUGGUGGAUGCACCAACUUUUAACAAUGUGAAUGAUUACGUUACAAUAAUGUUGAAUGUGCUAUUUAAAUACGUAUCUAGGAGUGUUUUGCAAAUAUGAUGGAUUCGUCUCGCAAAAAUGGUGAUCGCAAGGUGCGAGAUCCUAACUUUAAUAGGGCAGAUUAUGAGUGAUUCAUCUAGAGGUGCUUUUCUUAAAAGCCUGCAAAAAUAAAAUAUUCAACUGUGUCGCGGUAUGUUUAUUGUUGAUUAAAAGAAGCAUCAUGACAUUCGUUUUUUGGAGAUAAUUCCUUUUAAAUAUUGGCCGUCAGUGGUUAACGUACAGUCUCAAAAGAAACAGUCAAGAAGUGUGAUUUACACAAUCCAGGUGGCCUUGCUGAAAGUAGUGGUUUUAUGGGCUAGGUUGUAAGUACCAAACGUCGUAAAGUUUAUGGGCUUAAAUUUCAUACAAGUAGCAAAUUUUAAUUACAGAGUGUCUCAUUGGUCGCAGUAACAGCCGAAAUAUUUGAAAGAAAUAGUAUUCAAAAACUGUACGUCAAGAAUACAUCUUUUCUUCGAUAGUGAAGAUAAUCUUAGAUAAACUUAGACUGUUGGCAAACAAUUGAAGGUAGAGAAACACCGGUUGCUAGAUGAGGUGAUUAUUAUUCAUGGAAAAGAAGUGAAUUUCCUUCAACGUCACGAAAAGGAAAUCAUUGUUGAUGUAGACUGUGCUUCCGCUAUUCUAAGAGGUGCUCAUAUUUUUGCUCCAGGAGUAUUGGGCAUGCUUUCAGGGUGCCAGAUAGGAGAUCUAGUGAGCAUAUACGCUGAUGUUCACAAAAAAUGUAAAAAAGGAUUCCAAAAGCUAUUUGAAGACGAAGGAAAAUUGUUCAUAGGGAACGGCAUCGUCAAAAUGCAGAGAUACCAAUUAUUUUCUAAUAACAUUGUACAAAAAGGUAUUGCAGUUGAAGUAAAAGAAACAACAUCAGGCUGUCCAUCGAUAGGCGAUGACUUCCUGCCAAGUGGAACUGCACUGCUACAAAACUUACCAUCUAUUAUUUGUGUCGCGUGUUUGGAUCCACAACCUGGUGAUACAGUUCUUGAUAUGUGUGCCUCGCCGGGAAAUAAGACGACGCAUAUAGCAGAACUUACGAGAAAUCAGGGUACCAUUGUUGCCAUCGACAAAACGAAAAACAAAGUGAAACAGCUAAAAGCGCUCUGCGAGAAAUUCGGAGCCAAGGUGCACUGUUUUGAAGCUGAUUCCACGAAAAUUGUCGCAUUAAGCCAGAUUUCGGAUAAAACUGUUUGUGAUGGACCACCAUUUUCGCCCGAGGCUUUUGACAGGAUUUUACUGGACGCACCGUGCAGCGUUUUGGGGAAAAGGCCGCAGAUUGUCAACAGGCUGAGCAAGAAGGAAAUAAGGUCAUAUGUGCCGAUUCAAAGAAAAUUAUUCGAAUCUGCAGUGAAAUUGUUGAAGCCAAACGGCACAUUGGUCUACAGCACCUGCACUAUAACUCUCGCCGAAAACGAAGCUAUGGUCGCGUGGGCCUUGAAAACAUUUGAAAAUCUAAAACUUAUCAAACCCAAAAUUACAAUGGGGUCUCCUGGAUGGGCUGGUGUAUUGGCAGACGAAGACAGAAGACUUGUGCAGAGAUUUGGUUCAGAAUGUGAUGUGGAUUCUGUCGGAUUUUUCUUUGCUUGUUUUGUUAAGAAGAAAGAGGAGAAAUAAAUUCAUGAAAAAUUCAGA